AUGAGGACGGGUUAUUUCUGGAUCUGCAUGGUCUGCAUGGCCACCUCGAUGGCAGCGCCCGCACCACCGCUAAAGCUGGACAUCAUCGACAUGGCAGCUAUCAGCAGAAUGACGCCACAGCAGUUAGAAUUGCUCGCUGAAGGUUUAGCAGCAGAGGAAAUCAUGAGGACAAAACGAUCUUCAGCACAGUCCCUAACAUCGGCAGUGAUUUCGAAAGCCUCAUCUGGUCUACAGAGUAAGGUUGGCCUCCUUGGUCAGGCGUCAGCUGGUGCGUCAACAUUCAUAACGUCUGCUUCGGGUAAAUCUGGACAUGAGCAGGGAUACUCGUAUGAACCGCACGGUGAAAAAGUUGACUACUGGGGCUUAAAGAAAUCUAUCCUCCACACUCUGUUCCAAGCCGUUAAGGCUAUUACUGGUGGUGUUACCAUUCUGAAGGGUCAGCUCAUCAAGGGCGGUGGUGCAUUAGCUGCCACCAUUGGUAAAGCGAUAUCAUCUAAGGGCGAUGUGGUCAGCAACUUGGGAAAGAAGAUCGUUAGUUCCGCUGUUAGUGAGAAGAAACCAAUAUCAACAGUAGUAUACGGCCCACCUCCCACGACUCACAUAGAGUACGGACCCCCAAGCGCGUAUGGAGCCACUGCACCCGCGCACUACUCGCACACAGGACCCGCCGGCCCUACAGGGUUCGCGCCUCAAAAGUACCCAUCGCAUUUAGACGGACGAAGUAAACUGAGCGGGGUCCACGCUGGUCUGGUUAUCCUGACACCGGUGGGAGAUGCAAUACCGAGCGAGAGUCAGGCGUCGGGAAGUACCCCAUUAGAACCUCCACCGUCUAUCCUGAAUUCAGUAUAUUCCGCUAUCAAGAACGUUUUUUCGACUCCUCCCCCUAUCCACGAUGACGCGUUCGUUGAUCAUAUACCUCCACCACCGCAGUCCGUCCCCCCAUUCAGACCAAUGACAUGGGGUGCUGUGAAUUCCUACGGCGAACCAGCCAUGGUUGACACUUACACCGACUACGGUCCAAGAUACCCUCCAUACAAUUACGCUUCAUCAAAGCUAUCCGUUGCCCAACCUAUUCACAAGUACACAAAAGGUCUUACGCCAUCAAAACUCAAAAAGAUUAAUUCGAAUUUGGAGAAACUGAACAAAUAUAUAGCUGAGAAUCAAAGGUCGUCGGAAGAAAUGCCCAGAUUGAAUAAAGAUUUUGCCGAUAUGGUACGGAAAGGUCUGGUGCCACUUCUACCGACACCCGUUGUCACUGACAACGAGAUCGGUGUACUUCCAGCUGACUUCCUUCCUGAUCCUAUGAUCACCACGACUUCCACCACGACCACGACCACAACAACCACAACCACGACCGAAUCUCCGAAGAAUUCUACUGAAACUGAGAAUACCAGAAGGAAAAAAGACACCAAAUUUAUUCUUCGAGGAAACAGGAUCGUCCAAGUUUGA